GAAUGAGUUGUGGCGCUCACAAUGCUCCCGUGACCGGGAACUGACAAGUUCAAUUUUAAAUCGCGGGCCUCUUGGAAUCAUGACUCCCACAAUGCCUUGGGCACUCGCUCGGCAGUCUGGCUGCCUCUGAGGGGGGAAAAAUGUGAGAGGUUGGUACUAAGAAGUGCCUUUCCUGACGUCUCUGCUGCUUGGAACCGCUUCUAGAGCAGUCUCUGCUUUUGCCUUGCUUGCUGCCAGCUAGACUGUGACGACAGCACAUCCACCCUCCACCUCUAGCCCAGACACCCCCAUUUCUACUUAUAAUCAAGAAAAAAGCUCUAAGUAUCUGGCAUUGCCCUAGGCUGCUUUAGUUUUAAAAGAAAAGUUUGCUGAAAAAGUAAGAUAUCUUCUGCCAGGAAAUCAAGAAGGAAAAACAAAAUCAUUUUCUCGAUUUUGCUCUAAACUGCUGCAUCUGUCUAUGCCAAACUAAUCAAUACCGAUUGCACCACCAGACUCCACUGCAAAUUCAGCUGUGAGGAGAUUCCCUUUCAGACAACUUUGCUGAAAGCAGCUUGGAAAUUCGGUGUCAGAGGGUCUGCCACGUUUUCAUGCUUGCAUUUUGGGCUCCAAAUUGGCACUGGGAAGGGGUUACUGAGAGCACAAGGCUGAUUCGAGGCCCUACUUUUAAACGUUCAUCUACUUACGAUCCUAGUAUUUCUCUAAAAACCAAAACCUCUUUGAAUUAACAGUUUCAUGCUGUGAAUUUCUAGUGGGAGAUCUUUUCCUUGAUAUUGAGAACACAAUUUUCCAUGUACUUUUAAAGCAGGGAGUGGGGGAAAAGUAUUUUGGAGGGGACAUUUUCAUCAUUUUACAGUUUUAUCAGUUCAGUUCUUUUUUUUUUUUGGUUGUUACUUUUUUUUUUGAAGGGGGUUGGGUUUGUUGGUUUCACUGAAAAUUUUAACUACCUGUAAAAUCUAAACAUGGCUGUUAGUGUCACACCAAUUCGGGACACAAAAUGGCUAACACUGGAAGUAUGUAGAGAGUUCCAAAGGGGGACUUGCUCACGGCCAGACACGGAAUGUAAAUUUGCACAUCCUUCGAAAAGCUGCCAAGUUGAAAAUGGACGAGUAAUCGCCUGCUUUGAUUCAUUGAAAGGUCGUUGCUCCAGGGAGAACUGCAAAUAUCUUCAUCCACCCCCACACUUAAAAACACAAUUGGAGAUAAAUGGGCGCAAUAACUUGAUUCAGCAGAAGAACAUGGCCAUGUUGGCCCAGCAAAUGCAACUAGCCAAUGCCAUGAUGCCUGGUGCCCCAUUACAGCCCGUGCCAAUGUUUUCAGUUGCACCAAGCUUAGCUACCAAUGCAUCAGCAGCCUUUAAUCCCUACCUGGGACCUGUUUCCCCAAGCCUGGUUCCAGCGGAGAUCUUACCGACUGCACCAAUGUUGGUUACAGGGAACCCUGGGGUCCCUGUACCUGCAGCUGCUGCAGCUGCUGCACAGAAAUUAAUGCGGACAGACAGACUUGAGGUAUGUCGAGAGUACCAGCGAGGCAAUUGCAACAGAGGAGAAAAUGAUUGUCGGUUUGCCCAUCCUGCUGACAGCACAAUGAUUGACACCAAUGACAACACAGUCACCGUGUGUAUGGAUUACAUCAAAGGGAGAUGCUCUCGGGAAAAGUGCAAAUACUUCCAUCCUCCCGCACAUCUGCAAGCCAAGAUCAAGGCUGCCCAAUACCAGGUCAACCAGGCUGCCGCAGCACAGGCUGCAGCCACUGCAGCUGCCAUGACUCAGUCGGCUGUCAAAUCACUGAAGCGACCCCUCGAGGCAACCUUUGACCUGGGAAUUCCUCAAGCUGUACUUCCCCCAUUACCAAAGAGGCCUGCUCUUGAAAAAACCAACGGUGCCACAGCAGUCUUUAACACUGGUAUUUUCCAAUACCAACAGGCUCUAGCCAACAUGCAGUUACAACAGCAUACAGCAUUUCUCCCACCAGGCUCAAUAUUGUGCAUGACACCCGCUACAAGUGUUGUUCCCAUGGUGCACGGUGCUACGCCAGCCACUGUGUCCGCAGCAACAACAUCUGCCACAAGUGUUCCCUUCGCUGCAACAGCCACAGCCAACCAGAUACCCAUAAUAUCUGCCGAACAUCUGACUAGCCACAAGUAUGUUACCCAGAUGUAGAAUUUUCAUCACUAAACAAUCGUACUGAAGAGGAAAGGACAGUGUGCUUGGUUAGAGUAAAGGACGAGGUCAUUAGCCAUAUUGUAUAUACCGUCAAGCAACCACACACAAAAACCCCUCAGCCACAAGACAUCCACAUACUGCAUGUUAACCAGAAGAAAAGACAACAAGGAAACCCACUGCACACUGUUGCCUAUACACUUUGUACAUUUAAUUGAUAUUUGUGCUGAGGUGAUACUCCUGUCUAAAAGAACAACAUUGUCUUUCUUUUCUAGCACAGAGUGAUGCAUUCAAAUAUGCAGACCUAAUUAGUUUCCUAUAUAUUCAUGCCAUCUUGAAAAGACAGACUAUGGUGUAACCAUGAUUCUAUUAUGUAUUGGUACGUCUGUAGACCAAGAUAUAAUUUUUUAAAAAUAAGUUUAUUUCUUUCAAGGUUUACAAAUAACAAAGGUGCACCUUGUAUUUAAAAUUGCCAUUAUAGAUGAGAGCGUGCAUGCACAGUCAUUUUUGUUUGAGUAAUAUUUUUAAUGUAAUAGAUUUUAAGAUGUGGUGAGGGAGGGAUCUGACAGAGAUGAAUGUGCCAAGCAAAACCACAACUGUGUAUCUUUUAAAGCACAUCAUGGCUUUAAGUACCAUGUUGUUAAGGAUUCUCAUGAAGUGCCAUAGACUGUACAUCAAAUUAGAGUAUUAUUUCUUCAGUGUUAUUGUUUUCAGAGCCACAUUUUGUUGCUUAUUUGCUAGUACUAAUCAGUCAAAGGGCACCAUUCUUUUUUUUUUUUGGAAACCAAAGCUGUCUCAGAAAUGGCCGAUUUAACUUUACAGUAACAAAAUAGACAGCACAACACAGACUCUCUCAAUACAGAUAAACUCACACAUACUGGAGAUUAUAUAUAAUAGAUAUAUAUAAAAAUUAUUUUAAUGCAUUGUAGUGUAAUAUUUAUGCCUACUAUACUGUAUAACAUGUUAUUCAAAAGGGAUAUGCCAUUUCUGAGACACGAUAACAAAAAAAAGUUUGAGGAAAUUAUUUUGCUUCUAUUUAUAGCUCUGUCAAAAGUCAGAAGACUCUAAAUGCUUUGCAAAAAUGGUUUCACAUUUGCUUAAAUGCUUCAUCACAGUCACAUUUAAAAUAGUGACUCUAAACAAAGAAGAAAGCAGCACUGUCAUCAGAUGCAUGAUAAACCAAAAUAUGAAAAUGGGAAAUGUUUAAUUAACCUAGUCAUUGGGUGGGUUAAGUACAUGGGUGAAUUUUAUAUGUGAUUUGUUUUGUUUUGUUUUGUUCAGAUUUACUGCUUAUAGCCUUAGAAAGCCUUUUACAAAUUAAAAAAAAAAUAGAUGUGCAUUCAGUUUUUAAGAAUGGAUUCAUCCAAAGGAAUUCCUUUUUUGUGGUUUGGAUGUUGCAGCUAGUAAAGGAUAUUUUUGCUCUGUUCAGCAGUUCUAAAAUUGCUGAAGUAGGGGCCAGGUCACUGGUAGUUCUAGUAUGGAAUGGGAGAAGUGAAAGUUCAGUUCUAGAACUUUCCAUACUUCCAAGUUUACUGCAAGUUUUUAUGCUUGAGAGAGAUGCUUUCUAAUAUAAGACUGAUGUGUUGAUUUUACUGAUUGUACUGUACAUCUAUUAAAGCCUUAGAUUAUUACAUUACGGGUUGGAACCCAUACCAAUGUAAUUUCAAUCGUGUUAA